AUGGAUGAAAAAAAUGAUGAAAUUGAGGGAGAAAGUUUCCCAUGGACUGACGAUGAAGAAGACCAUGUGGUUGAGAAUGUGGAGGUUCACUCAGAUGGAAAAGAUAGUGAAGAUGGUUUAUCAGAUUAUGAAUCUGAUGAAAAUGGUCUAUUUGAGGGGGUUAGCGACGAUGAUAAUUCAAUUGAGAACCCAAUGACAAAAGUAAGUGACAAAAUGCAAGGUGAGAUUUUCAAAUAUACAUACGAUGAGAAAUUGAAGAAGGAGAUCGUUGUUCUUAAGAAGGAGCAAAUAUUUAAUGAUGUUAAACAUUUUAGAGAAGUUAUGCAAGAAUUUGUCCGACAAGAAGGAUUUCCUAUUAAAAAGCUUAAAAAUGAUAAGACAAGGUUCGUUGCUGUUUGUAAAGAUAAUGGAUGUGGAUGGAGCAUUCGUGCUUCCCUCUACGGUGACGGAAUAACAUUCAAGAUCAAACGGUUAAGUGGAUCGCACACAUGUAUUAAAAGCAUGAAAGGUUGUGGAGCAAGUUCGAGAUGGAUUGCUAAACAAUUUGAGUCAGAUUUUAGAGCUGACUAUGACAUGUCUAUCGAUAAACUUUAUGUUUCAUUAAAGGAGAAGCAUGGCCUUGAUGUUAACACUCAAAAAUUGAUCAGGGCUGUCAAAAUUGCUAAAGAAUUAGUUGCUGGAGAUCAUGCAAAAAGUUAUGCCAAAAUACCACAAUAUAUAGCUAUCCUGAAAGAGACUAAUGCAGGUGUUUUUAUAAAGUUGAAGUGCAUUAAUUUUGAUCUCUCAAAUCCAAGAUGCAACCCAAUCCUUGAGAAUUUUUACAUUAGCUUUGAUGCUCAGAGUUACGGCUUUAUUAAUGGUUGCAGACCCUUUAUUGGUGUCGAUGCUUGUUUCUUGAAGGGUCCAUUGAAGGGUCAACUGCUUGUUGCCGUUUCACUUGAUGCAAACUCAGGUAUUUUUCCCCUAGCAGUCAUGAUCGCUAAGAAGGAGGAUGGGCCAACAUGGGAGUAUUUUCUUGAUUGCUUGUCUACUUCCAUAGGAGAUAUUGAAGGCGUUACAUUUAUGAGUGAUAGACAGAAAGGGCUCAAGAAUGCUAUGAAAACUUUAAGGUUCAAGACACUUGUAUAA